GUUACUGAUGACAUCAUGUGCUGUGAUUGGCUGCUGUGUCAGUCCCCUGACAGAGUCUCAGAGUCAGUCCUGCUGCUGCCGCUGAGGGGUAAGGUGAUGAUGAUGAUGAUGGUGAUGAAGGUGUCGGGGCUGCUCCUCAUCCUCUCCUGUGUCUCUGCUGACAGUCUCCAUGAGGACCUCAGUAUCAGCGGCUGCUCUGACACUGAUGGAGAGCAGAUGUUCUCUCUGGAUGGUGAAGAGCUGUGGUUCGCAGACUUCAUCAACAAGAGAGGAGUCGAGCCUCAGCCCAGUUUUAUUGAUCAUAUCAGCUACCAGGAGGGAACUUAUGAAGCAGCUGAGGCUGAUCAGCAGAUCUGCAGACAGAACCUGAAAAUACUACGUCAAGUCAACAAGGACGUUCCACUGGAGCUCGAUCCACCGAGCGUCCCGAACAUCUACACCAGAAACCACAUGCUGCAUGGAGAGAAGAACAUCCUGAUCUGUCAUGUGUCUGGCUUCUAUCCUGCUCCUGUCAACGUCUCCUGGACCAAGAACGGAGUGAACGUGACUGAAGGAACCAGCAUCAACGUCCCCUUUCCAAACAAAGAUGGUUCCUUCACUCAGAUCUCCAGACUGGAGUUCAUCCCACAGCUGGGAGACAUCUACACCUGUACAGUGACACAUCCAGCUCUGAACCAACCACUGACCAGAAUCUGGGAUGUUGUGUACCUGCAGUAGUUUGUGGCUCUGUCUGAUUGGUCGCUGCUGGAACCUUCUUCCUCAUCAAACCGCUGCAGCUGAUUGGCUCGAGUUGAUGAUGUCAUCAGUAUUUUUAUGUGAUAUUAAUCCUGUAGGAAACUAAUCAGAGCUGAUCGCCUCCACCAAACAUCUGUUCAGUCAUUACAAAGAGAACAUCUGUCUGUAACACAACUACUAACAUCUGUGAACCCACAACAUCAACACACCAGCUUUACCUGAAUCACUGACUUAAAUAAAUAUAAAAUAUUUUUAUUCAUAUAAUAAAUAUAAAUAUAAAAAGAA